AUGGAAGGGUUCUUUCAUAGAAUUUGGAGAGAUUCGGGAGUGGAUAAGGUUUCUUUACUUGCUCAUGGAGUCUUUGUUGUCAGAUUUCACACUAUUGAAGACAGGGACAAGGUGAUUAACGGGGGUUAUGUGUUCUUUGACAAAAAGCCUCUCAUUAUGAAACCUUGGAAUUCAAAGGAAAUUUUUUGCAGAGAGACUCUUAGUGUUGUACCAGUUUGGAUUCAAUUGUCAAAUCUGGAUAUGAAGUAUUGGGGAGUUAUGAGGAAGAUUUUGCAUCUAAUUGGACAUAUGGUGAAGCAAGAUUUGGCAACAAGAAACAGGGAACGACUAGAAUAUGCUAGAGUUCUAAUUGAAAUCUCUAUAGGCCAAGAGUUGCCUGAGCAAGUCAUCUUUGAUAAUGAAUAUGGGGAUCCUGUGGCUGUAGGAAUCUAUUAUGAAUGGAGGCCUAUACUUUGUCCAAAUUGUAAGAAAAUGGGACAUACCCUAGACAAGUGCAGGAAGAGUACUAAGCCAGAGCAAAAGUGGCUACCUAAAGAACAGGAAGCAGGAGGAGUGAUUGGUGCUAAAAAGAAUUCACAAGGAGUUUGGGUUGCUAGGAAGAAAAGUGAUCAGUUGAAGAGGCCUGAACCGAGAGGAGUGGCUUUGGCAAAUGGUUUUCAUGUGUUGGAUAGUGGUAUAGAACUGGCUGAAGAAAUUCAAAUUGGGGGGGUGAAUAGUUCCUGGAAGAUGCAAGCAGUGAAACGGUGUAUUCAAGAAAAGAAAGCAGGAAUUGUUUGUCUCCUUGAAACAAGGGUUAAAACUCACAAGUUGGGAGUUUUAUACCUGAAUUUAUUUGGAGGAUGGUGCUUCACGUCUAAUUCAGUAUGUCAUCCGAAUGGAAGAAUAAUUCUAGCGUGGAAUCCUUUGAGUUUUUAUGUGGAUAUUUGUGAAACUACAAGUCAGUAUAUACAUACUUGGAUCAAACCAAAGUACACAGAGGGUUUUGCUACUACUUUCAUUUAUGCUCACAAUGAAGUAAGAGGAAGAGAUGUGCUUUGGGCAGAUUUAAAAUUGAUUUCGUCCAAUCAGGUGAAUCCUUGGAUACUUAUGGGAGAUUUCAAUUCAAUCAUGAGGCCAGAUGAAAGAAUUCGAGCUAGGAAACUUGCUACUGAUUAUAAGACUUUGAGGGAUUUUGUGGAUUUUUGCGGAAUUAUGGAUAUUUAG